CAAAGUCACAAUUGAUUUUGACAUUUCAGUUUCGGUAACAUCACCGGGAUUCGGGAUCUCGUGCCGGAGGCCGGAGGUGUGCGCGUUUCGGAAUAUAUUUUUUAUUUAUUUCCUUCUUUAAGAAGAACCUUAAUCGGGUUGCGACCCACAUACUCAAAAUGGCACAAUAUUAUACUGAAAUUGAUGGCAGUAUGCUAGAAGGGGGUGGUCAAAUACUUCGUACGUCUAUAUCAUUGAGUGCCAUUAUGGGAAUACCAGUGAAAGUGGUGAAAAUACGAGCAAAUCGCAGUAAGCCGGGCUUGGCGGCGCAGCAUCUAGUUGGUCUCAGGUUAGUAGCCGAUAUGUGUGAAGGAGAGCUCAUCGGCGGUAAUAUCGGCUCUACUGAGAUCAAGUUUAAUCCUGGCAAAGUGAUCAAGGGCGGGCACUACGUAGCUGACACGCGCACCGCCGGAUCGGUGAGUCUUCUAAUGCAGGUAGCUCUACCUUGCGCAUUCAUGGCUGACGGGCCAGUAACCCUGGACCUAAAGGGCGGCACUAACGCAGACAUGGCGCCACAGAUCGAGUACAUGACGGAAGUGUUUAGAAACGCCAUGAAGCUAUUUGGAGCGCCGUUCGAUCUGAAAAUCCAUAGACGCGGAUAUUUUCCGAAAGGAGGGGGUAUUGUGACGGUGGAAGUGAACCCGGUGGCCAAGUUCAAGCCCGUCCAAAUCACGGAGAGGGGAUACAUCACGUCGAUCUUUGGAUGGAGCUUUGUAGCUGGCACUCUGCCUUUGAGGUUGGCGACUCAGAUGAGUGAUGGUGUGAAGGAGAAGAUAUGCAGCGUGUUCCCGCGCACGCAGAUCACAGCCCUCAAGGAGGACGCCAACGUCGCGCCGCAUAACUGCAGCGGGAUCAUGGUGAUCUGUGAGACGUCGUCGGGGUGUCGGUUGGCGGCGGACGGUCUCGGCAAGCGCGGCGUGGACCCGCUCGACCUCGGCCGCACCGUCGGACUACAGCUCGCUGAGACCGUCCUCAGCGGCGUCUGUCUCGACUCAUACCUUCAGGACCAAGUAAUACUUUACAUGGCGCUGGCUGACGGCAGGUCCGCUGUACGAGUGGGGGAGAUCACCAUGCACACCAAAACUGUCAUCUACAUCGUCGAGUCUCUGCUCAAGAUAAACUUCGAAGUGACUCAAGAGGAAAAAAUGAAUUUGAUUCAAUGUGACGGGAUCGGAAUUACCAACAAGAACUUACCUCAAGCUGCAUCGCGUUAAACGGAAGACCGAAACGAGACCUAAAACUACAAACGACGUAUUUGCUAGCCCCAACAUAUAUGUACCUAGUGUAGUCUAAAAGAAAUAAUGAUUAAUGUUACUUUGUUAAUUUAUACAUAACGGUCUUAUUCAUAUAAAAUAUUUAUUCAUAUGUCAAUCCUUUGUGGAUUCACCCGCUGCUCAGCUCUGAUUGGUCGUAGCGUGAAGUUUUGUAUAAGGUAGCAUUUCUUGAAAAAUAAAGUAUUUAACUCAUAAAAUAAUAAUGCUAUUCGAACCAGUAGUUAUGGAGAUAAGCGCGCUCAAACAGCGUAUAAUAUAAGUACAGAUGUCAAGAAAAAAAUAUAUAAUAUAGAUCAAAACUAGGGUUUUUAUUCCGUGUGCAUAUAGAAAUAUAAUCCACAAAUUGUUGUCCCGUGUCCAGUUCCGGAACAAAAAUUUGUGAAUCACAAAAAAUCAAUGAGAGAAUCAAUCCUGCGACACUUUGUACAUUAUUCGGUUG